CCUUCAAUCACAACAAUCAUGCCCAGAGUUUUUUUCAUUACUGGUACUUCCACCGGGUUCGGAAACCAUCUCGUCCAAGAGGUUCUCGAUAAAGGAGAUAUCGCCGUCGCAACUGCUCGUAAGCCUGAGACCUUAAAGUUCAAGGGGACAAGUGAAAAGAACUUUCUGGCCCUCAAACUUGAUGUAACUAGUCAAUCUGAUAUUGAAAAUGCUUUCAAAUCCGCAACCGAUAAAUUUGGCCGCGUCGAUGUAGUCGUCAACAAUGCAGGAUACGGCCUUGCCGGUGUCUUUGAAGAAGUCAGUGAGCAACAAGCUCGUACUCAGAUGGAGGUAAACUUCUUCGGUCUUCUUGCCGUAACCAAAAAGGCAAUGGAGGUAAUGCGAAACCAAAAGCCAUGUGGCGGCCUCAUUCAACAAGUCACUAGUAUUGGAGGUCAAAGAGGCGUGCCUUUUUUCAGCAUUUACUGUGCAAGUAAAUGGGCAGUCGAGGGCUUUACUGAAAGUAUCAAUCAAGAAGUGAAGCCAGAAUGGAACAUCAAGUUCACUUGUGUUGAGCCAGGUGGAUUCCGAACUGAUUGGGCUGGAAGAUCUAUGCAAUUUCCCGAGAAACGAAACCCUGCGUAUGAUCAUAUGAAUGCCAAGGAAGCAAUGGAAAAGAGGAAUGGAACUCAAGCUGGAGAUCCAGAGAAAGGUGCAAAGGCAAUGUACAAGCUUGCUACACUCUCAGAUCCACCUUUGCGAGUAGUAAUUGGAAGUGAUGCUUACAAGGCAAUCAUGGCGAAGAUCGAGGCGUAUGGGGAGAAUUACAAGAAGUACGAAGAGAUCUCUAAUAGUUCACUUCAAUUCUGUACUUUGUUGUCUUCCACCAUGGCAUCGAGUGAAGAGCUUAGCAGACUCAAUACGAAUUAUUUUGAACCAAAGAAAUGCUCUUCUUGCUUGACUAUCUAUGAGCUAUACCAAGUAGAACAGUACGAAGCACAGGAGUUAUUCGAGUUUGAACAAUAUGUCAAGAUCAUUCGAUUUGCUGAAGCUGUGUGCUCUGGUACUCAUCCUCGAUUUGGCGUUUUUCCUCAACCUGACCUCGAAGCACACAUGACGGGCGCGGAAGCUUCUAAGAAGACGGAUGUUGAACUUAAAAUAAUUGGCUUUGAAGAGCUCGAAACCACAAAAGGAAUGAACUGCAUGUCAAAAGCAGGCAAAAAGACGAGAAAGAAAGAAUACGUUGGACAGACUAUAAUGGAUGCAGAGGAUCUACAGGGAGUUCGGUAUAUUCAUGAUCCAGACAUGGACUAUUAUGAGGUGUUAUCGUUGGAUUCAUCUGCCUCGAUUGAGGACAUAAACAAGGCCUACUCUGAAUUGAGAUGGACCCAUAACUCACAGUUGACCCAUAAUCCACAGUCCGAUGAUGAAAAAACGAGAUGGCACGGAAAAGAACAGGCACUUUUACAAAAAUGGAACGACAUUCAACGUGCAUUCACGAUACUAUCGGAUCAUGAUAGGAAGUGGAGAUACGACAAUGAUAGAGAGAUAUGCCUGAAGGGCUUUGGGCGAAAAGACAAAAAACCGGACGAGUCCCUAGCACAAAUCCAGUUCGCUGCCUUUCGCGAGGAAAUAGUUCGUUCAAUAGGAGCGCCUCAUCCUGACGACCCCCUCGAGACAUAUAACGAAGAUUUCUUCAAAAGUGCCACCAAAGGCAUUAUUGUCAACGAGAAAGACAUAAACUACGAUGCAAACUAUUAUCAUGAUCUGGGAGCCAAUGUCACAAAGAAGAGCCCAUCGUGGAAUGGAGUCAUCAGUAGAGAUCAUUUGGGGAGCCUUUUGCGAAGUAUGGGUUACGACUACAUCCGUAGUCUCAGGCAGGCCAAAAAUCAGAAGGCUAUCAAUAAGGACGAGAAACUUCGUAAGAAUAACAACGAGCACAAUUACAGCCAUAAAUUAUACGAAUAUUUGCAAAAGGAACAUGAUUCCAAAGAACUCGAAAGAAUCCACAACUCACAGGUUCUAGUAUCAGAGAAUAUGGAGCCUCUUGGUGAGAAUGUUAGUUUGCAGUCAGCUACUGCAGGUAAUUCCUUUCGAAGACUGUUCACAGAGACGAAUGGUGAAUUUAUGGAGGGUGUUUCGGAUGAUGGAGCUAGUGCUUCUAAUAUGAUGACCGGAGUGGAACAAAACGCAGAGAUAGAUUACUCGGUGGCUAUUGCACUCACUGAAAAGGUCGGCGAUCAUGUUCAAGUGAAUCCCGCUACUAUUACUGACCGUGUUCCCAAAUUAAUGUCUCAAGCCUUUUCCAUUAGUAGAGUCCCAAUUCAAAAUGAAUUUACUAAUCAAAAUGCCCAAUUAUCGACUGGCUCAAUCAAAUCUUCUACACUGCAACGCAAAUUAUUACAGGCUCGGGAAAUCCAAGCACAACGUGUAAUUCAAGAAAAGAAAGCUCAAUCAAAACUCUCAGUUCAAGUAACAGAGCGGAGUGCUAAAUUUUCGAAGGAAGCUCGAACCCAACAUCCAGCUGUUCAAGAUCAAGUGCCCAGAACUCUACGUGAUCAACAGGCUUUCAUUCAAAAGCAACUUAAUGCACAACGAGCCGCUGCACAAAGUGCCGCUUUACAUCGUGCAGAAAUUCAAAGGUCCCUGGGUUUAGACAGAGCUCCUCCAACUGGUCCUCGAAUUCCGUUAGGUAUGGCUCCCCGCUUGAUGACAAGUUCAUUUGCACAUAGCUUGAACUUCACUCCGCCGUCGAGGCCAUGCCCACAACUUGGGUUGAAGAUGGUUCCUCCUCCAAUGAUCAAUAAAGUUACCAAGAUCACGGGGUCUACAUUACAGCUGUCGAAAGGCAGCGAGCAGGGCCCAGCGAAGAAAAAACGAAGGGUCAGGAAUAAGGAGUCUGGUGGAAAGAAGGAGAUAAUCAACGUGGGUAAGGGAGACGGUAGUGGAAGCGGUGGUGAGGUAAUAUUGCAGGAUAAAGGGAGAGUGAAAGAAGAUCGAGGGAAGAAGAGUAAUUCGAAGGAGGAAGGGGAGAUAUCAGAGCAUGAGAGAGGGGGGGGACCGGUGGGAGACAAAGCGGAAAGAAGGGAAUUAGGAGAGAUAGUGGCGGAAAAAAGCGCAAGAGAGAGCACUGAAAGAUUCAUGACGCCCUGCUAA